CGGGAGAAGAUGGCGGCCCGCGGAGGUUUUCAGGCUGCUCCGGGAUCUGGCGGCGGAGGCAUGGCCACUGGGCCCCCAGGAUCCGGGGGCCCACCAGGGAUGGGUCCGGGAACUCCGUCCGGUCGGAUGGGACCUUCCUCUGGGGCGCAAAAUCACCUUUACCGCUCCCCGAUGCCGGGCCCUGGAUACCCGAGGCCCGGGAUGCCCCCAGGAGCGCGCAUGACCCCCCAGGGCCCCGGCAUGGGCCCCCCAGGGUACGGCUCCAGCCCCAUGUCCCGCCCCGGGAUGCCUGGCAUGGACCCCUCCCGCAAGCGCCCCACCCCCCCGCAGAUGCAGGUCCAGCAGGCCGUCCCCAACCGGAACCAGCAUGCUAAGAAGAAGAAGAUGGCCGACAAGAUUCUACCUCAGAGGAUCAGGGAUCUGGUCCCGGAGUCUCAGGCCUACAUGGACCUGCUGACAUUUGAGCGUAAGCUGGAUCAGACUAUCAUGCGCAAGAGACUGGACAUCCAGGAGGCACUCAAGAGACCCAUAAAGCAAAAGCGGAAGCUCCGUAUUUUCAUCUCCAACACCUUCAACCCGGCCAAGGCAGACGCGGAGGACGGCGAGGGCACUGUUGCAUCAUGGGAGCUGCGCGUGGAGGGGCGGCUGCUGGAGGAUGCCACCGUAUCCAAGUACGAGGCCACCAAGCAGAAGAGGAAGUUCUCGUCCUUCUUCAAGUCACUGGUGAUCGAGCUGGACAAGGACCUGUACGGACCCGACAACCACCUGGUGGAGUGGCACAGGACCCCGAACACGCAGGAGACGGACGGGUUCCAGGUGAAGAGGCCGGGCGACGUGGGCGUGCGCUGCACCGUGCUGCUGAUGCUGGACUACCAGCCGCCCCAGUUUAAGCUGGACCCCCGCCUGGCCCGCAUGCUGGGCAUCCACACCCAGACCCGGCCCGUCAUCAUACAGGCCCUGUGGCAGUACGUCAAAACACACAAGCUGCAGGACCCCCACGAGAGGGAGUUCAUCACCUGCGACAAGUACCUGCAGCAGAUAUUUGAGACUCGCAGAAUGAAGUUCUCUGAGAUCCCUCAACGUCUGCACGCCCUGCUGAUGCCCCCUGAGCCAAUCAUCAUCAACCACAUCAUCAGUGUGGACCCGAAUGACCAGAAGAAGACGGCCUGCUAUGACAUCGACGUGGAGGUGGACGACACGCUCAAGGCCCAGAUGAACUCCUUCCUGCUCUCCACUGCCAGCCAGCAGGAGAUUGCUGGCCUGGAUCACAAGAUCCACGAGACGAUUGAGACCAUAAACCAGCUGAAGACGCAGCGGGAGUUCAUGCUGAGCUUCGCCCGUGACCCGCAGGGCUUCAUCAACGACUGGCUGCAGUCCCAGUGCAGAGACCUCAAGACGAUGGCGGACGUGGUGGGGAACCCAGAGGAGGAGAGGAUGGCAGAGUUCUACUUCCAGCCCUGGGCCCAGGAGGCCGUCUGCCGAUACUUCUACUCCAAGGUCCAGCAGCGCAGGAGAGAACUGGAGCAGGCACUGGGGAUCAGGAACACCUAGGAGAGAGGAGAGGAUUCUGGGAAAUAUGCUUGGGGGCAUAGGACCCCCCCCCCCCUCUCUGAUAAACCCUGUGGCCCCUCCCUUACUGAUUGACUGCCUUUCCCAGCAGCCCCUGGUGCGGGCGGGGGGGCCAGCCCCUCCAGGACUUCCUGCCUGCAGGGCUAGAUUUUGAUUGGCUCUCCCUUUUUUAUUUCUGUAUUGUUUUUUUGUUACUUUGGUGAUGGUGGGAAGGUUUGGCUAUAUUUCCCCAACAUUCCCCAUCACACCAGCAUUCUGUUAUUGCUGGAGUCAUUUUGAUGGUUCAGGUGAAGUUCAGUUAUUUCACAGAUGUUUCUCCACCAUCUAUUUAGAGGAAAGAGUCUUAGACAUGAAGAUCUUAGCGUUAUUCUCAUCUAAUAGCUACUUUUUAACAAGUGUGGCCUACCUUUUAUUACUCAUGUAGGUCGUUGCGUUUGAGGAAAGAUGUUGGGCUCAUUCCAAUCGCUCAUUUUCACUUGCUCUUGACCCAGUAACCGAUCGAGGUCCGCCAUUUUUAGGACAUUCCCACCCCUUAAAUGUUCCUCCUCGGUGCUAGAAGUAGAAGUUGGGAACCCCCUAAUCUUUCCUCUGAGCAAGAAAACAUUUGCGUAUGCGGAACUUUUUUUUUUUGGAAAGCCUGACGUAUAAACGACCAGUAGAUCCACCUCUCCCCAUCUGCCACGUCUGUAACUGACCAGUAGAUCCACCUCUCCCCAUCUGCCAUGUCUGUAACUGACGUUUGAAGGAGCGAGGACGUUCCGUUCGCCUAAUUCACGUUUUCCCGAUUUCCCCGUCAUUUAUUUUUCCUGCCACUUUUCCUCGCCUCUCCUGCUGGGUGGAGCUAGGAGCAGAAAGAGAGAAAUCCACGAUUGGAAUGAGCCCAGAGUUUGAAGGACCUUUGCUAGAAUGACGUGUGUGUUUAGAUAGCUGAGGGCAGUAGAUUAGUGUCUCAGAGGGGUAGUUGUAAAUUUGGGUAAUGUGGGUGGGGGGAGGGGUACAAGGUACUGUCUUACAGAACAGUGCUACUCUAAUAUUCAAUAUUUAACCUACGAGUGUCUUUAAAGAGGAUUAUUUAAACGACUACUGAUUCAUAUCCUUGCUCUGUUGCAUAUUUCUCAAAGAUAGAAAAGCCAUACAGUGCAGUUGAGUUAAAAAGGUUGGGAAGAUGAAUCCAACAGAUAUUAAGUCUUACUGUAGUUUUAACUAUUUUUCUGCCUUUGUUUGAAGAUUCUGCGGUCUCUUUCACAGCUUCAGACCGUUUCUGAGAGAAGACCUUGAAUUGUUGAAGUAAAGUUUAGUAAUAGGAUUUUUUUUUUCUAACCCCUUAUGGACCAAUUAUAUUCUUUGUUCUAUUGUUUAUUUUACAUGUUUAUUCCAAGUUUAAUAAAGCGCUUCAUGAGUUAAUAGUG